AUGCAGAUAACACUCGUGUCUGAUCAAAUUGAGUCAGAGAUUAGGGCCAAAUUCGCUGAGCUCGAAGACCAGAAGUCGGACCCUAGAUCUCCCGAGGAGUCAGUUACCGGUGAUAUUGGCAACUCUACCAUAGCACUGAGGCACGUUCGAAGGUAUAUCGAAUUUGUGGAAAAAGAUAUCACUCCCACGUGGAAGCAUGCGGCCGGCACGACACAAUGCAAAGUGCGUUUUCUCGACUUGGGGAUAUUUUUCCAGCCUGGGGAGCUCAUUUACGUGCCAUCACUCUCCGAGUGGCCUCCGGACCAGGUCUGGCUAGGACAGCCAGAGUAUCCCACAACAUCUGGAGACUUCGCACGAUUAGCCGCGAUAGCCUUUCAGGGAACUACAUUUGCAACAUACGACACGCCUCCAAAACUCGAUGGGCAAGGAACUUCAGAUUUGGUGCUAUCACAUCGACUUCGACGGUAUAGCAGUCCAGCGUUCGGCGGCUUCAAGAAUAUAACGCUUCAGGAACAAGGAGAGUGGUUUCAGACCAUCACGUCCACCGAGAGACAUCUCUACUACGACGGCUGGGCUUUCGCUCAUGAGCCAAGGGAGAGUAUCCAACCAGCCGAACAGACUAACUCCGAGUAUGUUGACAGUCAGGCUAUGGUCGACUUCGUCGAGGGCCACAAAUCGAACAACAAUUUUGCUAAAUCCUCCGACCUUCGCUUACGCAAUUGGAAAACUGAAUGGCGGGAAACAACAGACCCAAUGCACAUCUAUUAUUAG